GGAGGACCAGAGGGAGGGUAAGUGGAGGUGGUGUGCAGACAAAAGGGACAGAUCAUAUUCUACUGCUGAGAAGGAGGUCUAGGCAGUAAGGAGGCAGACCGAUAGAAAGCACAUAGGAAGAGUACCUCAUGUGUUGCUAGUGUUUGAUUCACAGACUACUAUUAUCAUCAGCAAACACCUCAGGAACAGAAAACGCUACAGACUCCAACCAAUACCUAUCCAACUAAAUAUCUACAGUGUUCUCUACAACGGAAAGACUGAAGAGAGCAGCUAUACUCGUAAAGACUACUGAGUAAAGAGCCUGUAACUUGGUUUUUAUCUGCUAGACUAGUAAAUGCCGACAAUGACACAUCAGGUGAGCCGUUCUCCCUUCUCCAAGCCCUUCUACAUGAGGACCCUGGAGGAUGGGGCCAGCCCACGACCCCAAAGACGCCACACGCUCCCCGCCAGUGAGUUCAGGAACCUCACCCCGCAGGAUGCCAUCAGUGUGUUUGAAAUCGAGAGAGAAGCAUUCGUGUCUGUGUCUGGUGAGUGUCCACUUACUCUAGAUGAGGUGCUGAACUUCCUGAGUCAGUGUCCGGAACUCUCCCUGGGCUGGUUUGAGGAAGGCCAGCUGGUGGCAUUCAUCAUCGGCUCAGGCUGGGGCAAAGAGAGACUGGAGCAGGAGGCAAUGACACAGCAUAUCCCAGGAACCUCAGCGGUGCACAUCCAUGUUCUGUCCGUUCAUCGCCAUGCUCGCCAGCAGGGCAAAGGCUCCAUCCUUCUGUGGCGCUACUUGCAGUACCUGCGCUGUGUUCCAGGCCUCAGGAGGGCCCUGCUAAUCUGUGAAGAGUUCCUGGUGCCCUUCUACCAGAAGGCAGGCUUCAAGGAGAAGGGUCUGUCUAACAUCACCGUGCCCAACCUCACAUUCCAGGAGAUGGAAUACCACAUCGGAGGCGCAGCCUACGCACGGCGAAAUAGUGGCUGCUAGUCACUGUUGGCCAUCACUGCCCAUAAACACAUCAACCCUGGCCCAGGAAACCAUCCACCAUUUAAACAGACUCUGGUCACUGUUGGCCAUCACCACCCAUAACCACAUCAACCCUGGCACAGGAAACCAUCCACCAUUUAAACAUAGACUCUGGUCAGCGCUGUUGACCGAGACCAUAUGGCAGAAAAACUAACAGACGGACAUGCACAUCGAAGCACAAGGCCUCCAGGAGAGAAGGAACCUCCCAUCAGCCUCAGCACUAGGAAACCCCACAACAGCAGGGCUUGAACUGUAGUGGGAUGGAAUGCCACCAUCACAAGAAGAGGACAAAAUAGGGUUUGUCAGAAAAGAGCUACAUAAAGUGAUAGAGGAGAAAAAAGUGUAAUCAGAAUGUUUGCCCUGUCAUAUUUUGGUAAAAUUAUGUAUUCUACUGAAUUAGCAACUUCUUGUUUGCAAACCCCACAUGGUCAAUUGUUAUUAUGCUUAAUUUUCUUUGAAAAGUAUAUACAAUUUCCCUUGCAACAAACCUCAGUUUGUGAUAAUAUUUUUUUAGGUUAUCAUGAUUAAAACUGCUGAGAUACAAUUGCUGACUUUCAAUAGUAUGAGUCCUCUGAGUGCAAUGUAAAUAUUAUUUUAUUUUUGUAAACCAUGAGUCUUCUGAUGUGUUAAACUCUUAGGCUGUGGCUCAUCUUUUCUUAUGUAACAGUGUCAUUUCUUAUUAUUUCUAUGACUUAUUGAGGCAAUAAAGAAACUAUGCCACUGA